AUGGAUACAUUCAUGGAAUUUUAUUUUGAAGAGGUUUUUAAUAAAUUAGAUAGGGAUGGUUUGAACGAAAGAUUUAAAAGAAAGGAGCUUGUGGAAUAUUUCAAUACUGUUAUUGCGGGUUGUGCCAAAGGACAAAAUAAAUCAGAUGAUACAAUUUGCAAAAACUUCGUGACGUCUGCUCUCAAAUACCAUAAUAAUUGUAAGUCCAGUAAUGGUGACGUGUGCCUUAUGGGGAAAUAUCACAACCUUCUGUAUAUUGCUAUCAAGUUAGCUUUCGAUUGGAGUUUACAAGAUAAUGGGACCGUUGCAGCUCUACUAGAUGAACUUUACGCAUGCGAGAAGACGUUUGAACGAAUAUAUUUAGGAGCUAUAUUUGGUACAUCAGCUCCAUACUUUUUAGCUGGCUGGAAAUCAGAUUUUGCGGACAAAGAAGAAAAUGUGCAUGCUCUCGUUUACUUCUUAGAUCACGCGACAAACGCUAAUCUAGAAUAUAUGGAAGGCGAUAAAACUUAUCGCUUCAUAGAUGUACCAUUGGAGAGCUGCGGUAAAGCAUCGCCCGUGAGAGUAGUAAUACAAAUGGGUUCAUCGGAAAUGUUAAUGAUUCUCCUAAGAUUCGGAGCGAGGAUUUCCUCUGAUAGAGCAUCGUCAAAUCCAGCUGAAUCAAUACUUGAUAGACUUAAAGAGUAUAAAAGAGCGUAUCCAUAUGAGCUAGUGGGUUGCUUAAAAUUAAUAUUGAGAACAGUUCCAAGUAUAAAUUUUACUGUAGACAAAGAAGCGUUUAAGCAUUUGGGCUUACCGAGUGAUUAUAAUUAUCAAAGAAAGGUGGUGUUGGAAAAAUAUGGGGAGAUGUUGGAGGAUCAUUUGAUCCCGUCUUCGAGAUGUGGGUUGAAACCGGUGGAGCUGAAACAUUUGUGUAGAUGUACGAUCAGACAGAUAUUGUGGAGGAAUUUCGAAUUACCGUUUGGGAUACAAAAGUUACCUGUUCCGAUAACAUUGAAAAAGUACUUGGAUCUUUUUGAUGACUAA